UUUAUUUUAGGCGUCACGCUAGAUUCAGAGCCGUGCAAUCAAGCUCCCUGGCUGAGCUCGGGGAUCACUCAGGGCAUUCGUUUUGUGAAGUAAUCAAAAGGCAGCCGUUUCCACUGCCUCUCAAGUCCUGCCUUCUGGCAUACCAUUCCUCUCAUCGUACUUGAGUAUCAUUCCCUGGAAUUACUCCUACAACUGUACAGACAUUUGCUAGCCCGCAGACCGAGCCAAAUCUACAACGCUCGCAGUCAUCUCAUCGAGCAAACAUGUCUAUCUUAUCGAAGCUCAAAGGCGCCAAAAAGGCAGCGGACGACCACAAGGCGAAAAAUGAGACACAGGAUACCAAGCCUACUAACGCUGUUCCCUACAAACACGUUCCUACUCACGCCGCUACCGAUGCUAUGACCAGUUCACCUGGAGGCUGGAAAGUCGAGGAAAUUGCAUACCAGAACAAAGCCCGACUCAGCAGGAUCGGAAGCGACUACUCUACUCGUCCAUCAACUUCGCACACCACAACACGAUCCAACAGCAGACCAGGAUUCAACAGGGCAAACAGCGACUCAUCUCUCGACUUUGCACCGUCUGCCCAGGCCUUCACACUACCAGUCAGAUCAUCAGGCUCAUCCAUGAAGUCGGCCGCUGUUUCCCGCAACACGAGUUUCCAGGGUCUUGAGAAAGUUAUGGAGUCUAAUGAUCGCGAUCAGGAGCCCGUAUUUGCAGCUGCACUACUGGCCAACAGGACUAAGGCGUCACGCUCCCCUCGUGGCUCAACACGAAGCUCGUUAGGCAAGAGUCCUUUAUCUAGUGUUGAAUCAUCCACCGAGUCGUCGCCUGCAGAGAGUGAAAACAGUUCUCCUUCCGGUUCAAGCAGUGGUCAAAUUGAGCUCAGAUCCGAGGCAGUUGCUUACGCGCCCCCAAAUGAGAUUCAUCCCGGUCACAGAGUGAACCAGAUGCCUGUUGAGAAACCACAGGCCGAACGUAAAUACUUUGGCCACAACAAGGCACCUGCCUCUGAAGCAAAGGAGAUUUCCAUUCCAGCCCCUGUCGUCGUCAAGAAGGAACGCUUUUCUUUCUUGAAGAGGGGCAAUGGUGCUGUUGCCGCUCAUUGAGCAUACCAGCGAGACUCACCCCCAUCGACCUGCGAUGGCAUUUCAUGGGUAAUUGCAGGUUCUACACGGAUAAAACGUCCAUGACGAGCGAAAUGACCUUUCCACUUGAAGGAAAACGCCUUUUUACGAUUCUCCUUUGUUGUCAGCUUUGAUUUUUGUUGGGGUUAUGUUGAACAGAUUGGGUUCGAUUCAGGAGUUGGAAAUGUUAUAGUCGUAGCGACAGUUGCGUAUGGGUCCGGGGUCGUACUCUGAAAUUUCUAGAAUGCAGGGGUGUUGUGGGUACCCAGCAACACCAAGAUGCGAAGACGAUAAAUGCAAUCACGAUCUUACCAGUGUCCCUA